AUGAAAUUAGGAACAUGUACAGAGUGGUUAUUCUUUCAUAUAUGGAAAAAAAAUCCGAAAACUGGACAUAGUUGUGAUGGAAUUUUUGUUGCAGAUUCAAUAAUUUAUCGAUGGGCUCAACCAUAUUUUAGUAAAAAAUAUCAUAAUUUAAGGAUAUUUCACUAUAUAAGAUGGGUAAAUUAUACGGAAAACUAAAGAGAGGGUAUUCAUAGAUUAAGUGGAAAGUUCGUUUAAACAAGAAAAUACUGUAGCUUAAUUAAUGACAAGUCAGGUAUAAAUUAAAAUUAUAUAUAUACUUCAGAUGCAAAAUAAAUCAUAAGAAAUUAUUACGUUUGAGUAUUUAGAUUAUGAGAAUUUUAUAAUAUUUCUACAUUAGAGAGAGAAAGAUUUAAAUUUGGUUCUAUAAAAGUAAGAAUCUUUAGUUUACAAGAUUUAUAUACCCAAAAAAUGAUUAAAAUUCUUUGAUUAAAGUAACAUGGUCUCCAUAAUUCUGCUUAGUUAUGAGAAAGACAAAUAUCAAUAAAAUGAAUGAUGUAAAAAAGACUUAAGUUGAAAGAGUAACUACAUUUGAUGGACCAGAAUAUUUAAUAUAAGCAGACUCAAUCAAUUCUCCUUUAUUAAGUGCAGAUUUAGAAUAGUUAUGUGUGAAUAUUGUAAAACACAUUUUAGAAGUAUCAGGAGGGAAUAUUUAAAUAAUAAGAAUGGUCCUAUAUUUUAAAGUUGAUUAUGAAAAUAGGAUUUGGUUGCUUUUUUGUACUAAUAUUAAAGUUAAAGAUAAAUUUAAUGAUUUAAUGCAAUAACCAAGAGUUUUUUCUCCUAUUUUUAGAGUUUUAAGAAAAGAUUAAGAGCCAGUAUCUUUCGCAAAGGAAUAGGCUUAGACUGUUAUUAAAAUAAAUAAUCAAGGGGAAAUGCAGUCUCUACUUUAUUAAUUUAAAAACGUUUGUAGUAAUUGUGAUAGAUUCUCUCAUUAACUAUAUCAAUUGAAAUUAUAAUUUAUUAUUGAAAGCUUUAAAUAAGUAUUUAUAUAAAUUAUAAGAAUUUAGUGAAGAAAGACUUCACUAGAUUGCCUGAGGAACUGGAAAAGAUUAAAUAGAAAUAAGAUUAAUAGAUUCCAAAAGUCACUUAUAAUAGAAACAUUAAAAUGAGAUAAAAAUACAAUCUUAAAGAAGGUAAUAAUCACUAUUAAAUUCAGAAUAUGAUAUUUAAAAUGAAUUUCAAAAUGAUAAUCCCUCAAAUAAUAUUUUAAUUGAGAAAAAAAAGAUUUGCUAAAAUACAUUAAAUGAAAAUGAAUUAUAUACGUAAAUUAAAGAACUAGUUUAAUUAUUGAAUGAAGAAUAAGAGGAUUAAAAAUUUACUUUUAAUCAUAUACCUCCUUUAAUAUUAAAAGUUUGGGGUAAAAUUAAUGAAGAGAAAUAUUAAUAAUUAUAACAAAAUUAAAGUUGGAAAGAUUUAACAACAUAAGUUUGUUUGGACUGCUUUUUGCAAUAUACAUAAUAUUGUGAAUAAACUUAAUUUGAAAGAAAAGCGUAAGAAUAUUUACUAAUUAAUUUUAGAUAAAUAAUAUCCUAAAAAUUAAGAAAGAUUGUUAAUGUAAAAGAAGAAAAUGAAAAAGAGAAGCUGCUUUUAUCUAAUACAAAUUUAAAUGGUAAUAGACUAACCUUUAAUCAAUUACCCAAUCUUCCAUCAAUAUCAGAAUUACCUAUUGAAAAAUAAAAACGAUUAUCAAGGAAAUCUUAAAAUUUAACAACUUAAGAAAUUGGAACAAAAUAAUUUGAUUAAACUCCUUAAAAGGCAUCAUAACCUUCUGUCUAAGCAACUAAAAAGUUAUAGUAAACUCAUCAAUCACAUUAAUCCAAUCAAUCUAAUCAAUAGCCUCUAUUAAUUGUGAUUCCGAGUACAACUCUAUCAAAUAAAUAUUUUUAAUUAUAAAGAUAAUCUUUAGGUCAAAAUAAUUAAUUAAAAUUAAAGAUACCUAGUACUUAAAGAGUAUUUUCUUAAUAUAUAAUAGAUCUAUCUAAAUAAAUAAGGCUUAAAUAUAUCAACAAAUAAAUCAAUGUAAUCCAAAUCAUCAAGAUCUACCUUAGAUUAAUCAAAGAUUUCUUUUGAUUUUAUGAUGAAUACUGUUACAUAAUUAAAAAGAAAACUUGAAGAAUUAGAACAAGAUGAAAAAUAGUAAGAAUAAGAAUAACAGCUUUGA